AUGAGACAGCCAAACGCGGCACGGCCAGGAAAUGAUAAUCCCACCAUCUUGGGUACUGGCUUCGUUGACCACAAGGAACCCCUAACUACUAUCUCGCGAACUCAAGACAAACCUCCAACUACUAGUGACAAGUCAAUAUCGUCUUCAAACAAACCCCGUUGGUUUCACUGGCACGAGCCAGGCACCUCAAGGGCGGACAAAAAGCUCAUCUUCAAGCUGGAUUGGUUCCUAUUAAGCUUCAGCUGCCUUUACUUCUUUAUUAAGCAGCUAGAUGGCAACAAUAUCUCUAACGCCUACGUCUCCGACAUGAAGGAAGAGCUAGGCUUUGGUCCGGGAAACGAGCUCAGCUGGAUGAAUACUUACUUUAACAUCGGCCAGAUUGUCGGCGGCCCUUUGUCGAAUCUUGCAUUAACGGUUAUUCGGCCCCGGUUCUGGCUUCCUGGUUGUUUGGUGGCGUGGUCUCUUUUCGUGCUUUUUCUUUUCAAAUGUAAUACUGCCUCCGAGUUCUACGGGCUGAGAUUCUGCAUUGGAUUCUUCGAAUCAGCCGCAUGGCCUGGCGUACAGUAUGUCUUGGGCUGCUGGUAUCGCAAAUCAGAAAUGGCACGCCGUAGCAGCCUUUUCGUCAUGUCUGGCGUUCUUGGCCAGAUGUUUUCGGGCUAUCUACAGGCGGCCCUGUUCAGCGGAAUGGAGGGCAAGGGAGGCAUGUCAUCGUGGCGAUGGCUCUUCAUUUUCGAUUUCCUCCUCGCCGUGCCCGUAGCCAUUUACGGUAUCAUUUUCUACCCAGACACACCCGAGAACACAACCGCAUUCUACCUCUCCGAAAGUGAGAGAGAACGGGCACGUGCAAGAAUCCAAGAAGAAGGGCGUACUCCCGUCGGAUACGCCUUCUGGACCCUCACCUGCGGGUCAUAUGUCAUGCAAUACUUCAGCAUCUGGUUGAAGUCACUCAACAUUUACUCAGUACCACAAAUCAACAACAUCCCCACCGCACUAGGCGCCGUCAAUUUCUUCUUCAUGUUGACAUCGGGCUUCGUCGCAGACAACAUCGGCCGCCGUGGUCCAGUCUGCUUCGCCGUAGGGUGCCUGUUAACUUUCUGCUUUGCUGUUUUCACGGCAUGGCCAGCAUCUCGCCAUCUCAAGAUGGCUGCCUUUAUACUUUCUGGUUGCUAUGGAUGCUAUACGCCUCUACUGGCGGGAUGGGUUAAUAGCUCAUGCGGUGGUGAUCAGCAACUUCGGGCUUUUACCUUGGCUUUCAUGGUUAGUUUGGGUCAGGCGGUAGUUAUUCCGUUUCAACAAUUACAGUUCCCUAGUGGAGAGGCGCCGUCAUUUACAAGGACACAUGGUUGGGUGAGUGGGCUUUGCUUUGUUAUUAUAUUAACGCUCUGGACUGGGUUUGGUAUUGAAUUUGUAGAAUGGCUGGUUGGCCGGAAGGGAAAGGGGAAAAGGGUUAUUGCGGACGAGCCCGAUGUUGAUUUCUAA